GCCUCAGCUGUCAUUCCCAAAAACAGGUGCUGUAAAUCAAUACCUCAGCAGUUACAUUUUGUCAGCUCCCUGGCAGGAGGCAGCACGGCCCUCCUCUGAUGGGACUUUAAAGGUGCUUUGUGUGCCUCCGUCUGUCUGACUGCAGUGAGAAGGAGCUGGGAAGAUGAAGGUCCAUUAUAUACUGCUCAUCUCCACAGCUGGGCUGGCCCUGUGCUAUGAACACGAGACUCGCCUUGUCGAGGACUUGUUCCGGGACUACAACAAGGUGGUGCGCCCAGUGGAGGACCAUCGGGACGCCGUCGUCAUCACUGUCGGGCUGCAGCUCAUCCAGCUUAUUAGCGUGGACGAAGUGAAUCAGAUUGUAACAACCAAUGUACGCCUGAAGCAGCAAUGGACAGAUGUCAACCUCAAGUGGAAUCCAGAUGACUACGGUGGCGUGAAAAAAAUCCGCAUCCCCUCAGAUGAUAUCUGGCGGCCAGAUCUUGUUCUUUACAACAAUGCAGAUGGCGAUUUUGCGAUUGUUAAAUUCACCAAAGUCCUUCUGGAGCACACAGGCCUGAUCACCUGGACACCACCAGCUAUUUUUAAAAGUUAUUGUGAAAUUAUAGUAACGCACUUCCCAUUCGACCAGCAGAACUGCAGUAUGAAGCUGGGAACUUGGACGUAUGAUGGCACAACGGUGGUUAUUAACCCGGAGAGUGAUCGUCCAGAUCUGAGUAACUUCAUGGAGAGCGGGGAGUGGGUGAUGAAGGAUUACCGUGGCUGGAAGCACUGGGUUUACUAUGCUUGCUGCCCUGACACUCCCUACCUUGAUAUCACCUACCACUUCCUUAUGCAGCGCCUGCCUCUCUACUUCAUCGUGAACGUCAUCAUUCCCUGUCUGCUCUUCUCCUUUUUAACUGGGUUUGUUUUUUACCUACCCACAGAUUCAGGCGAGAAAAUGACUCUCAGCAUCUCUGUCCUUCUGUCUUUGACUGUGUUCCUUCUGGUCAUUGUGGAGCUGAUUCCCUCCACGUCCAGUGCAGUGCCUCUGAUAGGCAAAUACAUGUUGUUCACAAUGGUGUUUGUCAUCGCUUCAAUCAUCAUCACGGUCAUUGUCAUCAACACCCACCACCGCUCCCCGAGCACGCACACCAUGCCACACUGGGUCAGGAAGAUCUUUAUUGACACAAUUCCAAACAUCAUGUUUUUCUCUACAAUGAAACGACCAUCCAGGGAUAAACAAGAAAAAAAUAUUUUUUCAGAAGAUAUUGAUAUUUCUGAAAUUUCUGGGAAGCCAGGUUCUGUGCCUGUCAACUUCUACUCCCCGCUCACCAAAAAUCCAGAUGUGAAAAAUGCUAUAGAGGGAAUCAAAUACAUUGCGGAAACAAUGAAAUCGGACCAAGAAGCCAGUAAUGCUGCAGAAGAAUGGAAGUUUGUUGCGAUGGUGGUUGAUCAUCUUCUCCUUGGCAUAUUUAUGCUAGUUUGUAUUAUAGGAACAUUAGCUGUAUUUGCUGGUCGCCUUAUUGAACUAAAUCAGCAAGGAUGAACAUCAACUGGAAAUUAAUUGUUGCCCUGGUCAGCAUCUGAAAGCAUCUUAGCUAUGAAAAUCUGCCUAGCCUCUGAAAGUUUCACAGAAUGGAAGCCAGCCCUGCUGGGAAAGAGCAGGGUGGUAAUACAUAAGGUUCCAUACCUAGCACUUCUGAGCUGCUGCUCUGUGGAAUUUCAUUCCCAAAAAGAAAUUCUUGUGUU